CCGAAAGUGAUUUUUUCUGGGGUAAGGAAAGUCUAUCUUUUACGGAAGGUUUGACGUUCCUCUCCCCCACUCAAUCCUGCUAGACUCAGAGCAGAAAGAGAGUGAAACUCAAACGAUACGCGGGAUACCAAACCUCUGACGGGGUCACGGGGACCUUCUUUAGCGUCGGGUGGGUACUCGUAGCGAAAUGUUCCAAACAUGGAGAAGAGAACCACAAAGACAGAUGUGAGGAUACAGAGAACAGGUUCCGGAUUCCGAAGCGACGCAAGAAAGUUUAGGCUGAUCUGAUGAUUUGCACGCACGUCUCCAGACUCCAGAGUUCCCAGUUUGCCAGUCUGCCAGUCUCCGGUCGGUCUCUCUCAGAUCUCGGAAAUUCGGGUGGGUUGCUGAGCUUCGCCACUCUCUUGGAUACUCGGUACCCUCAGGACUGAGGACGAGUGGUCGCUGGUCGGCCAGUUGGAGGCGAGAAGUGCGGAAAGCGAGUAAGCUUAUCCACUCCAUAGAGGCCUUUUGUAUGGUUGUGGAUUGCUGUUGGGUCCUUGGAUCAGGAAUUUGGUCGGCUCAGCAGAGGAGCAAGUGACUCGGCCAAGAGAGGAUUCGUCACGCAAAGCCGGAUUUAAGGGGGGGCGUUAAGGAAGAUGGGAUGGAAUCGUCCGAAUAGGGAAUUGUCAAGUCAAAGUCUCCGUCUCAGGGACUCGCAAAGAAAACUCUUCUGAGUAAGUGAACGAGUAGACUAGACCUCCCGUCCAACUCGCACGCGUAAUACAGUGGUAGUAGUGAUCGUUGGAGAGCACGGCACAGCAGCACAGCCUACCUCUUUCUUACCAAUUGUUCGCUGGUGCUCGGUACAUGCUCGUCUCCAUACACAUUCAGUACAUGUACCGACUCAUACUCAUACCACCCACCACCCACCUACCGCCUCCCAAUUCUUCAAUAAUAUUACUCGUACCAUAAUACAAUCAGUCCUACACCUCCACCUCAUCUACACUCACACUCCCAUACUCGCAUACACCAUCGCCGUUGACAAGACAAAAACGAGACGGUCGCCAAUUGCCAAUCGCAGUGCCUGUUUCACUUGGUCCAGGACCUGACUCUGGCUCGCUGGCCAUCUCGCCUCGCAUUCAAGUUCCAACAGGGCCACCCUCUGAUCACCACAGCGUUCACAGCACCAACACUCACCACUGAACCCGAGUGGUCGUCUCCAACCUCGCGCGCCAGCCACCACACUUCCCGCCUCAACACCACACACUCUCCUUUUCCCUCCCACCCCGUCUCUCGCUGGCCGACACACUUCACUCGCUUUCAACCCACUUCCUUGCUCGUACACCAUUCACUUUCCUUGAGUACGCGUGGAAGAGGCUGGCCUGGCGGAUGAGAACAACGGGGUCACCAAGAUAAUUACCGUGAGCUGAAAGGGGACGCCAUCGUCGAACUCGAUCGUUGCUUGCAUCCAACAACACAACCCACCACCACACUACGAGAUUAUGAGAUUAUUGCAAAGUAUAGCGGCGGGAAUCGUCAGCGCGCUCUUUGUGACAGUGACAAAUGGUAUGCGCACCCAUCUCAUCUCAUUGCUGCAUCCAGGGGAUUUGAAACUGACAUCGCAACUCCUUCACAGCCGAUUCGCAACAAAGAAAUCCCAUAUCAUACAUUUCACCUUUAGAAAAUGCAGUUAUACAUACCCCGUUCAACCGCGCGCAUGCGCUAUCGACCUUCUCCCUGAGUUUUGAUUUACAUGGCGGCCGACAGAGGAUAAAGAUGGUCAUGCAGCCAAACCACAAUGCAUUGGGUGAUGGAGCGACCGUGAACUACUUGGGCGCCGAUGGCAGAAUAAGUCGUUCCGAGCCGCUGGAUAGAUUGGAAUAUAGAGUAUUCAAGGGGCAAGCCAUGAUGCAGCGACACCCUGGUGCGGAAUGGUCCAAUGUCGGCUGGGCUCGGAUUAUGCUUCAUCGCGAUGGAAACGAUCCCAUUUUCGAAGGGGCUUUCCACAUUGAUGGCGACCACCACCAUAUUCAGACGACCACGCAUUACAUGCGGACGAAGCAUGAACUGGAUCCGGUCCCCGAAAAUCCCGAGAAGGAGUAUAUGAUCGUCUGGAGAGAUUCCGAUAUAUUGAGCGAGGAUGAUGGGGGUAUGCACGGAGAUUUGAAAAGAAGUCUUGGGCAAAACCCUUCCUGCUCCGCCGAUGGUUUAAGUUUCAACACUCAAGCGGACCAUCCCGUAUACCGAGCAAUGUUAAAGCGGGAAAACAAAUUCUGGGGAUCUGCCUCGAAACGUUCCAUUUUUGGCCGAGAUUCCAUUGAUGGUCAACUUGGAGGAAAUGGCGCUGGUGUCAACCUAGCUUCGACCAUCGGACAAACAUUUGGAUGCCCGACAACUCGCAGAGUUGCUUUGGUUGGUGUUGCAACGGAUUGCACGUACACUGCUGGAUUUAAUUCCUCGGAGGCUGUCCGGAGGAAUAUCAUCAGUGUGUUCAACCUCGCUUCCACCCAAUACGAGGACAGUUUCAAUAUCACCCUGGGAAUUCAAAAUCUAACCAUUAGUGAGGCUGCUUGCCCUGCUGUUCCCAACGCAGGAGCCCCAUGGAAUGUUCCUUGCAGUGAUAGGGUCAGCAUUCAGGAUAGGCUGAAUCUUUUUUCCGCUUGGAGAGGUCAACGCCCUGAUACUAAUGCUUACUGGACCCUUCUGAGUACUUGUGGAACCGGAUCAGCCGUCGGACUCGCUUGGUUGGGUCAAGCAUGUGUUGCUACAUCUCAGGUUGCUACCCAAAAUAAUGUCAACGAAACAGUCAGUGGAGCCAAUGUGGUGGUGAGAACUAGCACAGAAUGGCAAGUGGUUGCUCAUGAGACCGGUCACACCUUUGGUGCUGUACACGAUUGCACAGCGUCAACCUGCAAUGAUGGAACCACGGUCUCGGCUCAACAAUGUUGCCCUCUCAGUGCUAAUACUUGUGAUGCUGCAGCAGGAUUCAUCAUGAACCCAAGUACUGGAUCAAACAUCCAGAAAUUCUCGCCGUGUUCGAUUGGUAAUAUUUGCUCGGCCAUGGGAAGGAACAGUGUCAAGUCGAAUUGUUUGACAGCAAAUAAGGAUGUGACGACCAUUACUGGAAGUCAAUGUGGAAACGGAAUUGUUGAAGCUGGGGAAGAUUGUGAUUGUGGUGGCGAAUCUGGAUGUAGGGGCAACAGAUGUUGUAACCCAACAACUUGCAAGUUCGCUUCCAACUCCGUCUGCGACCCUAGCAAUGAAGAUUGCUGUAAUUCCUCGUGUCAAUUCGCUGGCAGUGGUACGCCUUGUCGAGAAAGUACUGGAUCUUGUGAUCCUGUUGAGGUAUGCACUGGUACUAGUGCCGCAUGCCCGGCGGAUGUCACCGCACCAGAUGGUAUGCUUCCCAACCCACAAGAUAGUUGUGAUGUACUAACAAACUCUAGGUACCGCAUGUGGCAACUCCACUUCCUUGACUUGCGCUUCAGGACAAUGUACUUCGCGUGACACCCAAUGCAAAACCCUUAUGGGAUCCUUUACCACACGAAAUGAUACCUACGCCUGUUCCACAUCAGGCUGUCAAAUAUCAUGUGCCUCACCUCAAUUUGGUAAUAAUGUCUGCUAUUCUAUGCAACAGAAUUUCCUUGAUGGUACAACCUGCCAAGGAGGAGGAAAAUGUGCCAACGGUCAAUGUACUGGCUCAAGUGUAAGGAAAGAAAUCACCAGUUGGAUUGAGAGAAACAAAACCCUUGUCAUCGCUCUUUGUUCAGCAAUUGGAGGUCUGAUAUUACUCGCCAUCCUAUCAUGUUGCAUCGGUAGGUGUAGAAGACGAAGCCGCGUUCAAAGAGCCACGAAAGCUAUACCACCACAAACAGAAUGGUACCAAGGGGCUCCAGGAAUGCGACAGCAAAGCUCGAGGACGAGAAUUCCGAGUCAAGCAGACGGAGGACAUUGGGGGAAUGAUGGGCGAUGGCAACCAGCGCAGCCUGGGUGGCGACCUCAGCCUUCGAUUCGAUAUGCAUGA